AUGAGCUGCCGCUACAUCCCGCACCGCGGUGCCGUCGACCUCGGUCGCGCGCAUCUCGUGUUGGACGGGGACGAAGCGCGGCCGACCUCUCCCGCCGAGGCCGAGUACCAGGACGCGCUCGCGCGCCGGCUGUUUGCGGGAUCGCCCGCGACCACGCGCGUGCUGCGCCUGAGCCAGCGCCGCCCGUCGGACGAAACGCCCGAGCCGUCGCUCCAGCAGUGCCUCCGGGCAAACAAGCGGAAGCGGCCUGACGUGCGGCGGCGGCACAUCCCGUCCUCGCCCACGCUGAUCCUCGACGGGCCCGGGCUGCGCGACAACUUUUACCUCAAUGUCGUCGACUGGGCGGCCACCAACAUCGUGGCG